CCGGCAUCGGAUCCCCUGGCUACUCUGCUCAAGUCCCUUCAGCGGCCAAUGGCGUCUUUGACAGCCGCUGCUUCUGUUUCGUCAUCGUCGUCGCAACCCGCAGUUUCGACCUCUCCUGCCGUGUCUGCCACGCCGGCCACAACAACUGCUGCUGCUAGCAGUCAGGCCGAGGACCCCUUUACGAUCAUAUCUCGACUAACUGGUCUUUCAAAUCUCAUCCAGAGGUAG